AUGAAUGAGAGGGUUAUGGUGUUCUGUAAAGUUGUGCAGAUUUCAAAGCGUGAAAUAAAGGUAUAUAGAUUAGUGGGUGUCUUGCAGGGGAAAUAUCUAUCACCAUUGAUGAAUAUGAAGGGAGAUAAAAACGAGUCUGCAGUUAGUGGGAAGGAGGCAACAAUGGAUUUUAGCUCUGGAUAUCGAGCAGGAGGUCUUCGUGAAAUUUUCUUGAGAUUAAUGGCUACACUAACCACUUUGGGUGCUGCAAUUUUUAUGGGAUUGGACAAGCAAACUAUUGACGUUUAUGGUGUCUAUCUUUAUGCCAAAUAUUACUAUAUGCCGGCCUUUACGUUUUUCGUUGUGGCCAAUGCAACAGCUGCACUAUAUGGACUGUUAUCUCUGGCCAUCUACUAUUGUAGCAAUGUCAAGGGGCGUCUUCAUUGUAUUAGAAAAUGGCUUUUCUUUUUUGAUUUCAUGAUGACAUUGGUUAUAACUUCUGGGGUUUCGGCUGCUGCUGCAAUUGGGUAUAUUGGAUUGGAAGGAAACAAUCAUGUUGGAUGGAUAGAAGUGUGCAAGGAAUUUGAAAUGUUUUGUCAACGUGGAGGAGGUGCUCUUUGUGCAUCUGCCAUGGGAUUACUUAUUUUCAUUGGUCUUACUGUGGUUUCUGCUGGUUCUCAACAGAACCUUUCGAAAAUUUCAGAAGAAGAUUCUACAGCGAUAAACAAGGCAUAA